AUGGAGCUCUUUCUGUUUCUCACGACUGUGUUGCAAAACCUGAAUCUGAAAACGUUCCAGGUCCGGGAGGAGAUAGACAUUUUGCCAGUAGUGGAGGGUGGCGGAAAGCGUCCCCCGCGCUACCGGCUUUCUGUGGCUCCACGUCCGGCUCUGCAGCGCGCCCGGUCCAGGCGCAAAGCGGAGGCGCCCUGCAGCAGCCCCGGCGCCCCCAUGGCUCUGCCCGCCUUGCUGCUCCUCUGCCUGGCCCUGCUGCUCGCCCUGGCCCGGCGCAGGCGCGCCCAGGCGGCGGCCCCGCUGCCCCCCGGGCCGCCCCCGCUGCCUCUGCUGGGCAACUUGCUCCACGUCGACGGCUGGGACAUCAUCCCGACCUUCCGCCGGCUCCAGGAGAAGUACGGGCCGGUGUUCACCUUCUACAUGGGGCCCCGGCCAACCGUGGUGCUGUGCGGCUACGAAGCCAUGAAGGAAGCAUUCACAGAUAAUGCCGAAGCGUUUGGCGGGAGAGCUCCGAUACAGGCCCUGGGCGAUACCAUUUCCAAGUACGGAGUGGUCAGCACCAAUGGGGAGCGCUGGAAGCAGCUCCGUCGCUUCACUCUCACCACCCUGAGGAACUUCGGGAUGGGGAAGAGAUCCAUCGAGGAGCGGAUCCAGGAGGAGGCCCGGUUCCUGGUGGAAGCGCUGCAGGAGACGCAAGGGCAUCCCUUUGACCCUACCUUUUACCUCAGUCAUGCCGUCUCCAACAUCAUCUGUUCUAUUGUGUUUGGCAACCGGUUUGAAUAUGAGGACAAGAACUUCACCACUUUGCUUGAGCUGAUCAAUACAUCUUUCCGGCUCAUGUCAUCCCCCGGGAUGCAGAUCUUUAAUGCUUUCCCGUGUUUGAAGCGGAUCUUUCCCAGUCCCCAUCGCAGACUAUCCAAAUGCUUCGAUGACAUCAUCAGCUUCGUCCUGCAGAGGGUCCAGAUGCACCGCGAGUCGUUCGAUCCAAAUUGCCCUCGAGACUUUAUUGACUCUUUCCUCGCCAAAAUGGAGCAGGAGAAAGAGAACCCGGUUUCUGAAUUCCAUGACAUGAACCUGGCUAUUACGGUUUUCAACCUAUUCUUUGCAGGGACGGAGACGGUCAGCAUCACCCUCCGAUAUGGGCUUCUCAUCCUCCUCCGGCACCCAGAGAUAGAAGCAAAGGUCCAAGAGGAGAUUGACCGGGUCAUCGGGAGGAACCGGAGCCCCUGCAUGGAGGACCGGAUCAAGAUGCCCUACACAGAUGCGGUUGUCCAUGAGAUCCAGCGGUUUGGGGACAUACUUCCUGUGGUGACUUCUCACUUAAUGACCCGUGACACCACAUUUCGGGGAUACAGCCUUCCCAAGGACACUGUGGCUGGGGUUUUCUUGACGUCUGUCCUGCAGGACCCUCAGUACUUUGAGACACCCAAGAAGUUCAAUCCUGGGCACUUCCUGGAUGAAAACGGGGCCUUCAAGAAGAGUGAGGCAUUCCUGCCGUUUUCAUCAGGGAAAAGGGUUUGCCUCGGUGAAAGCUUGGCCCGCAUGGAGCUCUUUCUGUUUCUCACGACUGUGUUGCAAAACCUGAAUCUGAAAACGUUCCAGGUCCGGGAGGAGAUAGACAUUUUGCCAGUAGUGGAGGGUGGCGGAAAGCGUCCCCCGCGCUACCGGCUUUCUGUGGCUCCACGGUAAAUGGGCCCUGCUGAGCAAGAGCAGGGGGGAGGGGAGGGGAAAUGCAUGGUGGGUGUUGCUGCUUAGUUUGAACAUCUUCUGUCUCCAGUUGGAAGAUAACAUCAUACAUCUAAACACAACAGUGCCUUCCGAUGGAGCUCGGCUAUACGAGAUUUGCUCAAAAAAGUCCCAGCUCUGAAUAAUGUCUCAGAAAUUUACAUUAAUAAAGAGUCUUAUCUGUC